AUGCUGUCUCACCGCGUUGGACCGAGCGAGGCUAAAGGUUUUUCUCGAUACCUAUUUCUGUUCGCUCCGUUAACGAUGCUUAAAGCCGUGGACCAAGCGAGCGAGGUUUCAGAUCUAAUGCACGCUCACGGUCGCAGCGCAGCUCAAGCAGGGACAAACUUCAUAAAAUCAAAGAAAAGUCCUGAAAAUAGUACGCGAUGGCAGAAACUGACGGGACUGACUAAAGCGUUAGCACUCCCUCCCGCCGGCUUCCUGGGUCCUGACGUCAACCCUUUACUUGAACCUUAA